AUGAGACCCUCCAGUUCUUCUGAUGCCAUGGAACUGAUGGAUAGGUUUAGUCAACUGAAGGAGGCGAUCAGAAUAACAGAUCAGGUCUGGUGUAUGAAUAUAUUGGCUUCUGGUUUCCCUAUUGACUUUGUCGAUGAGAUGGGCGCAACUGCGUUACACUACGCCGCAAAAUCGGGCUCAAUCCGCAUGGUAAGUGAUGAAUAACACUUUUUUUGCAAUGAAUAAUAAUUUGUACCUAAUUUUUAUAAGUUGAUCAAGAGUUGGUAAAAUAGCUUUAUGUUCUUAUUGAUAUAACGGUCCUCUUAGUCUUUUGUAAUCAUUUUUCGAGGUUGCUUGUAGUUUUAAGUAUUAAAAUAGUCUUUCGUACAUGUUUUAUUACCUAAAAUCUUUUUUUAUAUGUAGGUAAAUAUCCUCCUAAAUCAAGGGGCCCAGCCAGACAUAGCUGAUUGCCUUGGCUUUACUCCUUUCCUGAUCAGUGCUCGAUAUGGAUAUCUCGAUAUCGUUAAAAGACUGAGCCAAUCUGGGGCAAAUCCCGAGAAGGAAACGUAAGUUUUGCUUUGGUUGGUAUUGGACUUCUAGUGCGCUGGGAAUGAAAUCGCAAUGUCUGGCAGAUCUGGCUGGUCAUCCUCAUGUUGUUGCUGCUUUGCACACAAAUACUUUGGAAGCGGUAAGUUACGUGUUUACGAUUUAUCUUUUGCGUUUAGGCUAAGGAUCUCAAGACAGCCCGAGAACGCUUUACCGGAAUCCAUGAGGAUUCCCUGAUCUUUGUGAAGACAAGUCCGGCUAAGAGGAGAUCAAUUCUGGGCAUUCUAAAGCCAUUGCGGCUCAAGAGACGACGCGAUUGA